AUGCCUCGAUGUUGCAACAACCCCACUGUCCCCGUAAUGCCCCCGUCUAGAGAGCCUCGUCGCGGCCUGGUACGCGACGCCCUCGACUACCGAAUGCGACACUCAUGCGGUCCACGACGGGAGAUGUACCUGAACCUCAGCGCCGUCGAGCCCGCACGAGCCCGCCACGGCUAG